CGCAACCAUUCUUGACCAAGACUAGUCAGUUCUUCUCAGAGUUCAUCGCAAGCACGUUACUCAUGUUCCUGAUAUUUGCGCUGAAAGAUCCUAGCAAUAACGGUGUACCCAAGAGCGAUAAGUGGUUCCCACUAUGUUUGUUCUUUCUCAUCUUCGGUUUGGGCUCUUGUUUUGGUUGGCAGACUGGCUAUGCCAUCAACAUUGCUCGCGACUUUAGCCCAUGACUGAUGUCCUAUGCUGUCGGAUAUGGCCAUGAGGUUUGGUCUGCAGGUGGAUAUUACUUCUGGGU